UGUGUUGGCUGGGUGCGGGGCCCAGUCGCCAGGCCACACUGCACGCCUCCACAUCCUCAGGGGGCCCCGGGCUUGGGUCCUGGCCCCGCCCCCUGCGGACCCGGCGCUCUGUCAGUUCCGUCACCGGCCCUGGGAACCGCUCUUGACCCCACUCUGCGUGUCUGCCGGAACCUGGCUGACAGCGUUACUUGCUGCCCUGCCAGGCCGGGUGAGGGCGGAGCCAGGCCUCCAGCCGCGAGGACUGGAGUCGCGGGAGGUGGAGCCCCGGUCCGGAAGCCGGGGAUCCGCGGCCAUGACGGUGCCGGUCCGCGGCUUCUCGCUGCUCCGCGGCCGCCUUGGCCGAGCGCCGGCUUUGGGCAGAAGCACAGCACCCUCUGUAAGGGCACCGCGAGAGCCCGGGAGCGCGUUCCGGGGCUUUCGGAGCAGCGGUGUGAGGACCAGCAGAGAGAAGAGAUUCCAUCUUCCAGAGGUUGCCACUGUCUGCCUCCCCACUUGUCCCCAUCCACAGCCAUCUUUUUUUGUAUAUAUAAUGACACAUUAGUUGUCUAGUUCUUCAUAGUUAAUGUGGUUUAAUUCUGACAUCAUUUCUUUUGCCAUGAAAUUUACACCUUAGUGUUAUUCUCACUGAAAAUUGCCUUUGAGUUCGAUAAACUUUUAUCCCAGUGUUAUUGACUGUUUUAAAUUAACAGAUUUAUCACCAUUUCUGAGCUAUGUAGAGCCUUAAUUGAAAAAGUAUCUUUGAUUAUUUUUUCAUAUUUUGGCCACAUACCUACAAUAAUGGAACAUUUACAAUACUUUUUAGUGGAGAAUUUUUUAAGUAGAAUUUCAGUAAUUAAUGUUUGAUGGAGUUUGGAAGUUACCGUAUUUUGAAGUAUCGUUUAACAUUUUUCUCUCAAUGAGUUUUCCUUUAAAAUUUGCAGUGAAUUUGUUUUCCUGUUUAUGCAUGAGAAUUUAGGUCUUAUUAAUUGGGGGAAAUUAAUGUUAAAGUAAUAAAUAAGCCCUUCUACUUGUUGCAGCUUAUUGUUUCUUGAAAUGGAUUAACUAUCCAGGCAAAAGGUUAAAAAUGAAAAAAAAAAAGUCUUUGUAACUAAAUUUUUCCCAUUUUGUUGUGGUAUGUGAGGAGUUUACAAAUCAAAAUGUUCUUGGUUAAAAGGCAUCACAUGAGUUUGUGCCCAUUGCUUUUCAGUGUGAAGAGUCUGGUAGCAGCCCAUCCCAUUUGGGUGGGAAGGUUAUAGACCUUGCACAUUAAUGCCAUGCUCAAAGCAGAUUUGCAGGUAUCCUGCAACACAGGGACUUUCACAAACCCCGCUUUGGCUUAUUCUACCUGAAUUACUUAUUUUAAUUAACUAAAUGGAUAUCCCAAGCAUUCCGUGUUUACCCUGUUGCUCAGUGAAUCCUUAAAUCGUUAAUUUGGUAGAUUCUCUCUUUUUUCUCUUCAUACUACUAUUUCUUUUAGAUUUUAAAAAAAUUGCAUACUGCCUACAGGUCUUGAUGGAAGUUUCACCUUUCUUUGUGUCACACUGGCAUUGGCUUUAUAAUUUUUGCAGCUAGACCACAUUUUUAAAAAAUCUACAUUUUUGGAGCUAGUAAAAGAUACUUAUUUGUGUUAAGUAUUCAUGUCUUUUACCAUGGGUAGUUUAAUGAUUUAAAAACACGCAUUUUAUCGGUAAAAAUGUUCUUUUUCUUUUUUCAGACUCUUCCCUCUACUACUUACUCUGUAUUUCUGUCUCUUCUAAUGACUAGGAAAGGCAGUUUCUCAGAAUCAUCUUCUAUUUAGUUGGCAAAUGUGAUAAUGUGGUGGUGUUCCUAUCUUCCUGCUGUACCUGUUCUGCUGAAAAUGAGAUGUAAUAGCCAUCUGGCUACUAUUUUGAUUUCUAAGAAGUUCUUAUGUCAUUUUAAAUUCAAAACCUAAAUAUUUCAACAUUUGAUCUCUCGUAUCUUAAGUUUUAUUUGCUUUGUUCCAGCUGUUCAGAGAUAGUGUGUUCUAAUAUCUCCACAAUCAAGAUUUUUGACUAAAAUGGAUCAGUAGAUGAAAAAGAGGGACUAGUAUUAAUUUUAGAUCUUAUUAGUUAAUCAUGGUCUUACUAAUAAUUUGGCAAGUUCUUUAAUGACCCAAAUCUUUGUUUUUCAAAUGCCUUGAAGUUGUUAUUCUUUCAUAUUAGUACCCUGAUGGGAGGAUGAAAACAGCAGAAAGGAGCAACACCAGAUGAUCUUUUCAUGGGCACAUACUCUUUCAAGGAAUCUCAUGGAGCUCAGUGAAAUUACACUUUGGCUUAGAGAUAAUUAAGUUGUGGAAGGAGGUUUAAGAGAGGAGCUUAGGUGAAAUUUGAGCUGUAAAUGAGUAUGCUAAAUUAAAGAAAUGAUUAGUAAUAAAUGAGAUUUGCUAUUAAGAAAUUCACUUGGGAUCUGAGAAAACAUUUUACAUACAAGGUAGAAAACUUUAUGGUCAGAAUAGAACACAAUCUGAACCUAAAUUAACAGUAGUGUUAAAGAAUUCAGGGCGGGAUAUUAUCCAAGAAGGCCUAGGCAGCUGCUCCACUUAACGUUACAUCAUAAAUGGUUGCUGUGUUGCUAUUGUUUUUAUUAGCAUUUCAAUGACUGUGUCAUAUUACAUUAAAUCUAUUGGCUCUAACUUACCUAACCAUCUUGCUGCUUUUUAAUGUCUAGUUCUUGGAAAAUAUGUAAUAAUUUAUUCUCAGAUUGAGGUCAUGUUCUUGUCCACGUCAUACCAACCAGGUUUGUUCACUUCAUCAUCUGAACUCUAUGUAGGUUUCUAUAAUUAGGCUCAUUAGAGUGUUCCUAGAUCCAAAGACUAUCUAAAGAUCUAAAGAUUCAUAAUUCUAAAGUGAGGGUGUGUGUAUAGUUUACAACAGAUGUUCUCUCCCCACUUUUUUUUUUUUUUGCUGUUUGUGAUAUAACUGGAACUGUAAUGAAUGCCAUCAUGCUUUUAAGGAAUUCAGUUGUAUUGUUGAAAAAUACAAUUUUCUUAAUAUCUAAGGAGCUCUUAGUCAGUGGUAAGCACUUUGCUGAGAUUUUGCACAUACAGUAUGUCCUUCGAUCCUCACAACUAAAGGAAGUAGAUAGACACUAUUACUGUUCCCAGUUAACAGAUUGAGAAAUUGAGGCUUAAAGAAAUUAAACUUGUCCAAAUUGACACAGUAAAUACAUGUGAAGACAAGGCUUGAACCCACAUCAUCUUUCCGGUGUUCUCUACGAGCAGUUUAUAAUUAUUGACUUAUCUCACUUUUGCUUUUUCUUCUUUUUGAAACAUUUAUUAAUAUUAAAUCUCAUACAACUUUUGUGAAUCUAGAAAGCUAAUUUUGCGUGUAAAUUUUAUAAAUUAUUUUGUUAGAUUCCCUCAGUUUGAGAUGUUCUUAACCUAGGACCUUAUGGAUAGAAUUCAGGGGAUCCAUAAAAUUGGAUUGGAGGUUACUAACUUCUAAUAAAUUUAGCAUUUUUUUUCCAUUGUCAAUGUUGGCAACAAAUACAUAAUAUCAUCAGUACAUGUGACUUGCUAAAAUAAUUUACAAAUAUUUCAGUAUCACAAAGUUGAGGCAGAUACCACAAAAUAUCAUCUGCACAUCACUAUUUUGUUAUGGUAGUUAGACCUACCACUAGAUCCUGUUAUUUAAUACUUUUAAAAAAAAGCAUUUGAUAAUAUUUCAGUAAAACUGGUUUUCCUUGUAAUCUGUAUUUUAUAUUGAAUGUUUAAAAGGAUUGUUCUGAGAAAGAGUCCACAGGUUUCAGCAGAUAGGCCAAGAGCUUUUGUGGCACAAAGCUUAGCAUCUAAGGUUCUUUCUGACAAAGUUAGUUUGAAAGUGCAUGGAUAUUGUUUAGUACAGAGUCAGAAAGUUAACUAGUUAAAAAACUGAAUAAGUCAUAUAUAAUGAAAAGUUACUUUACUUUUUAUUGAUUUGCAAAUGUAAUUUCCAGUAAAAUUACUUCAAGAUGUGAAUAGGGUACUUGGGGUAUGAAACAAAUCUUUUUUAAAGAGGCCAUAAACUUAACACUUACAGGUAUUCAUUUAUUUUAACAACACACCUCAAAAGACUCCCUAUAAUGGUGAUUGGUUUUAUUCCCUGUGGAAUUUUGCCCUGUUUUUGGGGGUUUCAUUUCUAUUGUACAAACUCAAGAUAUCGAAGAUAUGCCCUAAGAUAUAAAGCAAUUAAACUGUAUGUUAGGGCCUGGGUAGAGCUUGGAAUUGUUAAUCAUUGUAUUAGGAUUUUUCAUCUUUUUUUGUUUGUUUGUUUUGUUUUUUGUUUGAGGCGGAGUCUCGCUCUGUCACCCAGGCUGGAGUGCAAUGGCAGGAUCUCGGCUCACUGCAAACUCCGCCUCCCGGGUUCAUGCCGUUCUCCUGCCUCAGUCUCCCAAGUAGCUGGGACUACAGGCGCCCACCACCACGCCCGGCUAAUUUUUUGUAUUUUUAGUAGAGACGGGGUUUCACCGUGUUAGCCAGGAUGAUCUUGAUCUCCUGACCUCAUGAUCCGCCCGCCUCGGCCUCCCAAAGUGCUGGGAUUACAGGCAUGAGCCACCAUGCCUGGCCAGGAUUUUUCAACAUUAUAGAGAUAAAAUGGUUCAUUGCAGCUCUAGUUGAAGUCAUGAAUAAAGAUGAGAUUGAAACUAAGAUGUAGAUUUGCCAAGUAUACGAAUUAAAUAAACUAUUGAUCUUGACUAGGUUUUAUUUGUUGUUACGCUACUUUUUUGUGGAAGAGUAUUUUGAUACAUAGAAAUAAUCCCCCCCCUUUGUUACUUUGCUCUAGUUUAUUAAAUACAUCAUUUGAUUCUAAUAAGCGUAGAUAAGGUGGUUAGUUUAUUUUCUGGAAGUACAAGUAAACAAGCCCGUGGAAACAGCACUAAGUGCUGAAGACUUUCUGCUCUCAUAAUGUUUCUGGUUAUUGAAAUAUGUCUCCAUCUGUUAUUUAGCAGAAACUAAGAGAAAGAGCCACUUUUGCAAACCAGCCAAUGAACUUUUAGCCAAAUCCUCUUAUGUAAUGUAAGGUCAACAAGAGAGUAUUCCCAUUAUAUAGAUGAAGAAAUUGCAUGCCGUUGAGAUAAGCUAAGUGACUUGCCUAACUUUAUUAUUGCUACUGAUGGUAACCCAGAGCUCUGAUGCUCAGGACUUCUAAUUUCAGGUGAGUAAUUUGUACUACAUAGUGAUGCCCUGCUACUCACUAGCCACCACCUCCCUUCUUUAAUUUUUGCCUUCUGAUGAAGCCACAUUUCAUGGCUAGCCCAGCAGUAGUCUGGGCUUUUGGAAGGGAGGGCAUCUUUUCUUGCCUUCUUUGGGGGAAGGUCAUUUCUGCCUUUGUGGGAAACCACCUGAGCAAGUAAUGACAGGGCACAUCAUGUAAAUAUAUAAGGGGUCAAAUGGAUUUCAUUUUUGAUAUGCAUUAAUGGCAAGGUCACUAUGUAAUUUUUUUGACCAAACUACCACAUUUUUUAGAGUAAAAAGGGGCAUGAAUGUAAUGAAAAUUAUGUUUGGAAUAUUUAUUGGCUUACAAAUAUAUUAGUGAACUUAUAGAAUAGUUUCAAACCAUUUUCAAAAUUAACAUUUUAAAAGAUGAUUUAUAUCCUUUUAUAUUAAAAUAAAAAUUUAUAUUACAUGAACAUUCAGCAUGAAUAAUUAUUCCUGGUGAAUAUUCACAUACUUGAAUCAGUUUCUUAGCUGUAUCUUUUAACACCUUGAUACUGAUAAUUUUCUGAAAAGUUAAUAAGAUCUUAUGCUUUAUUUAUUUAUUUUUUUUGAGACAGAGUCUUUCUCUGUCACCCAGGCUGAGUGCAGUGGUAUGAUCUUGGCUCACUGCAACCUCCACCUCCUGGGUUCAAGUGAUUCUCCUGCCUCAGGCUCCCGAGUAGCUGGGACUACAGGCGCGCGUCACCACACCCAGCUAAGUUUUGUAUUUUUAGUAGAGACAGGGUUUCACCAUAUUGGUCAGGCUGGUCUUGAACUCCUGACCUCAUGAUCCGCCCACCUCGGCCCCCCAAAGUGCUGAAAUUGCAGGCCUGAGCCACUAGGCCCAGCCCUUAUGCUUAAUUUUAAAAUUAAAUUUUCUGCAAUUUUCUUAACAGUUGCAAAUAGAAUCUUUGCUUUAGACAAUGGUUAUUUUAGUUUUAAAGGUACUGUCUCUGUAGAUGCUGAAGCACCACAUGAACUGCUAAAUGGAACAGUCUUAAUUUUAUAUUUUGCACGUUGAAAUGGGAAGAUAUUUUAGCCUAAAUAUUUUCACAGGUGCUAUCUUGGUGUGUCUUUUCAAAGUACUUUUCUCUGACAAAUACUUAGAUAAAAGAAAUAAGUUGUUUUUGUGUAUGAUUUUAAAAAUAGUUUACCAUAUUUAGGUAGGGGAAAAUUAAAGUUUUUCUCAAUUAUAUUCCAAUAUUUUACAAAAUGGUAAUUUAUUCAAGGAAAUUUUAUUCAACAAAAAAUAUGAGCUCCAUUAGAAGAUUCUUCUCAGACAUUGAACUAUUUAAAAUUGCUAUUAUAGAUGUAUUUAUUUACUAAUUCUGCUGUACACAAAGUUCCACAAACUAGGUGGUUUGAAACAGCAGAAAUCUGUUUUCACUCUUCUGGAGGCUGGAAGUCUGAAAUCAGAGUAUCUGUAGCGCCACGCUCUGUCGACUAGCUUCUGGUUAUUGCCAGCAUUCCUUGGUGUUCUAAGGAGUUUGCAGCUGCAUAACUCCAGUCUUUGCCUCUGUUGUUAAAUGGUUGUCUUCCCUCUCUGUCUUCACUUCCCUUUGUAUGUGUCUCUGUGUCUUCUCUUGUAAGGACAGAAAUUAAAAUUACUUGUGCCUUGUUUGAGCUAUCAUUUUUUAAAUUAGUUUACUUCUUCCCUUCCUUUUGAAGAGAUAACGUUUCUGUUUAUAAGCUUUGGUUUCACUGAUUACAAUUCACUAAAAACUUUAAAUCUGAAGGUGUCCCUACCCCAAUUUGGUCUAUUUGUUGAAUAUGUUGAUUAAUAAUGUCCAACAACUUUUGAAAAAAAUGCAACAAGUGUUGCCCAUCCCAGUGCCAGGCCAGCCCCCACAGACACAGCCUGUAGGCCAGUCCUUGCAGACCCAGGCUCUAGGCCUGCACUAAUGCCAGGGCAGCAUCCAAAGAUUCCAGCUCAGCCUCUGCAGACUUAGGCAUCAGGUAGAAACUCAUGGACCCACACUCUAAGUCUGCCCCAGUACCAGGUCAGCCUCCAUUAAUUUAGGUCCAAGCCUAUCCCCAGGGACCCAAACUCUGGACCCAACCCCAUGGUUCCAGGUACCAGGUCUUCCCCUGCAGAUCUAGGUACCAGGGCCAUUCCAGAGGACCCUGGGCAAGCCUAGUCCCCACAGACUUGGGACCAGGCUCAUUCCAGUGCCAGGCUGGUCCCCAUGGACUCAGGCUCAAGACCUACCCCAAUGCCAGGAUGGCCCCUGUGAACCUAGGCUUCAGGUCUGUAUUUGCAGACCCAGGCUCCAGGAGUACUCCUAUAUACCCAGUUGACAGCCCACCCCAGUGGACCCAUGCACCAGAUUAGCCCCCUGUGAGUUGAAGUAUUAGGCCCACCACCUGCUGACCUAGGCAUCACCUGCCAACUAAUCCAAGGGCUUUAGCAGCAAGCCCACCCGUGGACCCUGCCAGAUGGCCCAUCAAGAAUUUCUAGAUCCACUGACUGGUGAAGGGCUUUCCCUACUGAAGCCAGUUUAUAAAGACUGGAAUAGGUGCCUGUUUCUUCAAGUGAUAGACAGCAAUGAAAGGCCGCAGGAUUAUGAACCAUUAGGGAAACAUGGCACCACAAAAAGAACAAAAUAAAGUAACAAUAAUUGACAUAAAGAAAUGGAGAGCUACAGGCUGCCUAUCCAGAGAACACAGGUAGACAACUAGACAAUAUCAGUUAUUUAAAAUACUACAAAAGGGUAAAAACAAGGUACUGUGGGAGCUCAUAGCAGAUUCCCAGGGUACAGGGCUCGGAAAACAUUACCAGAGUGUUUUAUAAGCUGAGACUUGAGCAAUGUGUGGGACAGACUUGGCAAAGUGGUUGGAGAGGUGAGAAAGGGAAGGAAGAGUGUUUCAGGCAGAGGGAAUAUUAGAUGUGAAGGCCCAGAGAGAACGUGGUGCAGUUCAUGAAUUAAAAUAUGACUGGUGUGUAGUGUGAGACUCACUAAGCACAGUGUUCUUUAACAGUGAGGCUAAAGUAGCUCAUGCAGAAGUUUGUAACCCAUAGGGAAUUUGGAUUUUAGUUAAUUUUUUCCCCCAGUUUCUCAGGUCAAAAAUGUUAAGAGUCAUGUUUGCCUUCUGUUUUUCUUUUUUUCAUGUCCUACACUCAAUCUUAGUAACUCCCAAGGGUUCCACUCUCAAAAUAGAUUCAGAAUCAGACUACUUAGCACCUCCACGGCUACCCCUUUGCCUAACUCCCCAUCAUUUCUUGUUUGUUAUGCUACGCUAACUUCUUAGCUGGAGUCUCCACAUCUCCCCUUGAUCUCGUAGAAUCUAUCCUCCAUAUUUUCACCAGUUAUUUUAAAAGUGAAAGUCACGUCAAAGUCUCUAAAUGUCUUGCUGUCUCACAGUAAAAGCCAACAUCCUUUCAAAGGCCUGCAGGGCCUUAUAUAAUCUGAUGUCCCACUCCUCUGACUUCAUGUCUUAUCCUAGUCCACUUGUUCUUUCCAUUGCAACCAUUGGCCUCUUGCUAUUCCUCAAAGAUUUCAGGUAUGCUCCUUGCUAAAGGCCUCCAUACUUGCUGUUCACUUCCCUUGGCCUAGAAUGCUUUUCUCCGAGAAAUCUACAUGACUUACUUCAUUUCCUUCAUUUCUGCCCACAUGUCACCUGAUUUAUCAGAGAAGUGAUACCUUAACCCACCUAUAUAAAAUAACUCUGUCCCUCAGGUAAGUCCUUUCUCUGCCUCAUGUCACACAUGAUAUAUUAAAUACUUGUUGUUUUUCAAUUUGCUUAUAUCUUCUUCAACUAGAAUAUAGUUUCCAUAAAAGUAGGUAAUUGUUUUGUGCCCUAUUAUUUAUAUUCCCAGUUCCCAAAAUAGUUUUCAGCACAUAGGAGACUUUCAAUGUGUAUUUGUUAAGUGAAUAAACAAUGAGCAUGUGGUGGGGAGUUUUAACCAGGGAGGUGAUGUAAUUAGAAAACAAUCACUCUGGCUGCAGUAUGGAAAAUGGAUUAGAGGAUAUCAAGACAAGCCAGAGAGAAAUUUUAGGAGAUGUAUUGUUCAGUGGCUGAACAUUUGAAUUGUUGUUGAUGUUUAACCUUUUUAGCUUUUCAAGAAUUUUCAUGUUGAAAAAUCUAAUUUGUUUAUGCAGUAAAGUAAUGAGAAUGUGUGAGUUGACCAGUUCUUCCAGCACGUGGACCAAUACAGGCACUCUCCCAUUGGACCUGCAUUAAUUUGAGGUUGCUUCAUUUUGCCUCUUAUAGUGACUCCUACAGAGCUAGGCUUGCUGAGUCUCCGCGGUGACUGAUGGAGUCAGUUGGAGGGGCCAGUUGCUACUGAAAAUGCUCAGAGACCCAACUCCUAAUUUACCCAUUAACACCAGCUAGCCAGGCUGUAUCAUGUCUGCUAUAAUUAGUUAGCGAGCUGACUUAGCACCUCAGUGCUAUAAUUUAAAGUAAACCCUGAACAGCCUUAGACCUGAGUAUACAUGGUACAGUUAAGUUUAAUCUGUAUAUAGGUUGUCUCUUUGGAGUCUGGGAAUCAGUUUAUGCUAUUGGUCUUCUCUGACACACUCCAGGUCACGCAGGUUUGUACUGUCUGGGUCAUAAUUAGCCUGGAUUAUACUCAGUGAUUGCCAGCUUCACAGUGGCCUGUGAACAAAUUACUUUGUUUAACAGUGACUGAAUCAAUAAUAUAUCAGCAGUAGCAUCACUACUCACAUGCUAUAAAAUGCAAAACAGAGUUCAGAUGUUUUUAUAUUUUAAAAUAAAAUGUAUAUUCCUGUGUUAGGUGAUUUCUAGUUUUUUAACAGAUAAAUGUGCUUCUAUAAUAGUGUUCUACCCUAAGAAAAUAUUGCUGACACAAAUUGAUUUAUGGAAAGUUUUAUUUGCUACUACUUAUAAAUGAGUUGUGCUGGAAUUUGUUGCUGUAUCUGCCGUUCUUAGUAUUUGCUAAUAUACAAGCUCCUUGUUAUCUUAGUGCCAAAAGGCUACUUAAAUGAAUUCAUAAAAUAUCCUCACCAGAAAUUCAUUGGAAACAGUGAAAAAAGUUUGUUACUUUACUUUGAAAAAUAAAAACAUCAAAAGUUUUAUUUUAUUUUAACUUGAUUUGUCUAUAAUUACAUACAAAGUAUUGGAAGAUACAAAGCACAAGCUACAAAAGAUCACUUAAGAAAUAAUAGAUAACCUGAAUAGCCCUCUAUAUUAAGGAAUUUAAGUUUGUAGGUUUAAACCUUCCCAGAAAGAAAACUCCAGAAUCAGAUAGCUACAUGAGUGAAUCCUACCAAACGUUUAAGGGAGAAAAAAUGUCAAUUCUUUACACACUCUUCUGGAAAUUUGAAAAGGAUAGAAUUCUUCCUAACUCAUUCUACGAAGCUAGCAUCAUCCUGGUAUCAAAGCUACAUGAUAACAUUAUAAGAAAAGAAAACUAUAAGCACCUCUUAUGCAUGUAGAUGCAACAAUUUUAACAAAAUUUCAGAUGAAAUCCAUGAUAAUCUGGAAAGGAUAGAUACAUAAUAACCAACUGGGAUGUAUCCCAGGAAUGCAAGGUUGAUUUAACAUUUGAAAAUCAGUUACCAUAUUAACAGACCAACACUCCAGAAAAACAUAUGAUCAUCUCAAUAGACAUAAAAAACAUUUGGCAGUAUCCUCAUACAAAUUCUCACCAAACUAAAAAUAGACAUAAAUCAUAAACUGAAUGUAUAACUUAGGCCCAUAAAACAUCUAGGAGAAAACCUUUGUGACCUUGAGUUAGGCAAAUAUUUCUUUUAUAUAACACUAAAAACAUGGUCCAUAAAAGGAAAAAUUAAUAAAUUGGAGUACAUUAAAAUUAAGAACUGUUCUAAAAACACGAGAAUAAAAAGGCAAAGCACAGACUGGGAGACAAUAUUUCAAACCCCAUAUCUGAUAAAGGACUUGAAUCUAGGAUAUACAAAGAACUUUAAAAAUUCAAAAUAGGAGACAACUUACUAUACAAUGGGCAAAAGACUUAAUUAUUUAAUUCACCAAAGAAGAUCAGAGAUGACAAAUAAGCAUAUGAAAAGAUGUUCAACAUCAGUAUUCAUUAAGGGAAUGCAAAUUUAAAGCACAAUGACAUACCACCAUAUAUCCACUAAAAUGUCAACAAUUUUAAAACCUGACCAUCUUAAGUGAUGACAAGUAUAUGGAGCAACCAGAACUCAUGUACUGUUUGAAGGAAUGCAAAGUGGUACAGUGUCUUUGUAACAUGGUAUAACAGUUUUUAACACAUUUAAACAUACAGUUACAAUAUGAUGUAGCCAUUCCACUUUGAGAUAUUUGCUCAAAAGAAAUUAAAGCAGCCAGGAGUGGUGGCUCACACCUGUAAUCCCAGCGUUUUGGGAGGCUGAGAGGGGCAGAUCACUUGCGGCCAGGAGUUCAAGACCAGCCUGGCCAACAUAGCAAAACCCCGUCUCUACUAAAUAUACAAAAAUUAGUCAGGCAUGUUGGCAUAUGCCUGUAAUUCCAGCUACUCGGGAGGCUGAGGCAUCAGAAUCAUUUGAACCCAGGAGGUGGAGGUUGUAGUGAGCUGAGAUCUUGCUACUGAACUCCAGCCUGGGUGAUAGAGACUCUGUCCCCCCCCCAAAAAAAUAUAUUAAAGCAUAUGUGUAUAAAACAUAUUAAAGUAUAUGUGUUAUAAAAUGUAACAGCUGUAUUUUUCAUGAUCAAAAACUGGAAAGAACCCAAAUAUCCAUUAAUAAUUAUAAUUGAAUGGAUAAACAAAUAUUGGCAUAUCCAUACAAUAUAAUACUAUUCAGCGAUAAAAAAGAAAUGAACCAUUCAAACAUGCAACUACGUGAAUUAAUUAAAAAAUAAUUAUGCUGAGUGGAAUUAGCUGGCCAAAAAAGAGUUUGUAGUAUUUGAUUCAAUUUUUAUAAAAUUCUUGAGAAUACAAACUAAUAUAUGGUGAACAAAAGAGCUCAAUGGUUGCCUGGAAUGGUGAAUUGAGGAGUGGAAUCUGGCAGAGACAGGUGGAAUGGCAAAAUUUUAAAGGUGCACCUGGAAAGUUUUGGGAAUGAUAGAUAUGUUCAUUUUCUUGACUAUAGUGAUGUAUAUAUAUAUGUAAAUACUCAGGUAUAUACAUAUGUUAAAACUUAAAAUUGUACAUGUUAAAUGUGUCCAGUUUAUUAUAUGACAAUUAUACUGAAUAAAUCUAUUACAGAAAUAAGACGGCAGAACAAGAUUGAUAUAUUGAAUUUAUCAUGACAUUUCAUGUCUUGAAAGCUAUUAAAAUUUUAAUGAAGAGUAGACAAAAUUGGAAUCAAAAGUAGUUUACUUAGAAUGUCUAGUGAUUGCAUUGUCUAAGCAAUUUGCUCAGUUAUUAACUCAUAAAUUAUGAUUGUUAUAAAAAUACACUUUUGUGGUAAACUAAAGGGGUUUUCAAACAGGUCAUACACAAGAAUCACAUGUAGGAAAUUAUUAGACAUGCAGAUUUCCAGGUUUUACCCCUGCCCCCAGGAAUUCUGAAUUGUAGAUGUGGAUUGUGGGGUCUGGGAAUCUGCAAUUUCAGGCAGUUUUUGAUGUGUGUAUCCAUAGACCACAUUUGGAAUUGCUUCUUAGCAGAACAUUGUUUACAUCAAAAUUGCAUGAACUGAGAUAAAUGCUAUGGAAGACUGGUGCCAUACUAUAAUGGUGUAUUUUCGAUCUGGUUCUACCUGUAUGUCCACAAACCUACUAGAGAGAGCAGUUGACUUGUUUGGAGCACAAAGUUUGCAUUUUGUAUGUUGUCGGAUAUUUAUAGCACCUGCCCUCAUUAGAAAAUUAAAAGUGUACAGAUACCACAAAGAAUUAAGGUUUAUAAGGGCUUCCUUUCCUCCUCCUCUUUCUCUUCUGCUUCUUGUUCUUUCUCCUUUUCCUCUUUUUCAUAAUAUUUAUUGACCUACGUUUGAUGUUUUUUGUAGUAAUCAUGUUUUUACCGGGCCGUUCAAUAAUGAAAGGACAGGGGCAGAAGGAAGAAGGGACCACCUUCUACUUUAUCAGAUACCUUUUAAAAAAAUAAACACACAGAGCAAUGUAAUUCACCACUUUCAAGUUUGAGGACAUGGAGAACAGAAAAGCCUUUCUAGAAAGUAUUUCUUUGUGCCUUUCUAGAGAUAGUUUAUAUCGUCUAUCAAAGUAUAGCACUUCUUACCUUCUGAAAUACUUAUAAACUGCCAGGAAGUAAUCUUCUGUGGAAACUUACUCCAUUAGAAAUGAUGCCAUUGCAUCGGGGAGGAACUACACUAUCGGUUUACUGACCUGAUCCCCACCAUAAUCAGUGACAAGCAU